AUGCUCCUGUCUCCUCCACUCACUCACAGACGACUAGCCUUUCUCAUUCUGUUAAUCUGUCUCCUUGAGAUCGUUGGCAGCAUGAUGUUUCCUCAAUUCAAGAGGGCAGCCCUCUUCGCCCUGCCUGCAGCAGCGGCCGUCUCUCAGACGUCCAGCUCUGAUGCCACCAAGACGGCCGAUGCAAACAUCAUUGCAUCCACAUACUCUGGCAGCACCGCAUCAGUCCUCUUGAAUGGAACAUACACCACCAUCUGCCCUGGAUACAAGGCCUCGAAUGUUGAGCACAACCAGUACGGUUUCUCAGCCACUUUGAACCUUGCCGGACCGGCUUGCAAUGUCUACGGCACUGACGUUGAUGUCCUCAAUCUUACUGUUGCUUAUCAGGCUGCUCAUCGUCUAGCAGUCGAAAUUUCACCAGCCCACGUUACUGCAGAGAACUCUAGCUGGUACUUCUUGCCUUCGGAGCAAGUGUACAAGCCUGAGCAGACUGAUGAGGUUACCGAUGACUCUGAUCUUCAAUUCGUCUGGUCCAACGACCCUGCUUUCAGUUUUGCUGUUCUGAGGAAGUCGACUGGUGAUGUUCUCUUCUCUACUGAGGGCACCGUUCUUGUUUACGAGGACCAGUUCAUUGAGUUUGUUUCUACCCUGCCUGAUAACUACAACCUCUAUGGUUUGGGAGAACGCCUGCACGGCAUCAGACUCGGAGACAACUUGACUGCUACCAUGUGGGCGGCCGACAACGGCAACCCCAUCGACAGAAACCUGUACGGUACCCACCCCUUCUACCUCGACACCAGAUACUACGAGAAGGACUCCAUGACUGGCAAUUUGACUCUCUUGACUGGCAACGCAAGUGCAAACGCUAGCUACAUCUCGUACAGCCACGGUGUCUAUUUGAGAAACUCCCACGGCCAGGAACCUAUUCUGAACGCCGGAAACAUCACUUGGAGAUCCCUUGGUGGAACCAUCGACCUCUACUUCUUUGACGGUCCUACUCCUGCUGAGGUCACCAAGCAGUACCAGACUGGUGCAAUUGGUCUCCCUGCUAUGCAGCAGUACUGGACCUUCGGUUACCACCAAUGCCGUUGGGGUUACAAGAACUGGACCAUGAUGCAAGACGUUGUUGACAACUUUGCCAAGUUUGAGAUUCCUCUCGAAACCAUUUGGAACGAUAUUGACUACAUGUUCCAAUACCGUGACUUUGAAAAUGACCCUAAUACCUUCCCUUACGACCAGGGCAAGGUGUUCAUUGAUGGUCUUCAUGCCAACAACCAGCACUACGUUACCAUUGUUGACUCGGCACUCUAUAUUCCUAACCCUGACAACGUUUCGGAUGCCUACUCUGUAUACACUCAGGGCCAUGACAUGGACGUGUUCAUGAAGAACCCCGACGGAUCCGAAUAUAUUGGUGCUGUCUGGCCUGGUUUCACUGUCUUCCCCGACUGGACAGCUGAGAAUGCUACUCAGUGGUGGACCGAGUCUCUCAAGGAAUGGCACCAGAAGAUCCAAGUUGACGGUAUCUGGAUUGAUAUGUCAGAAGUCAGUUCUUUCUGUGUCGGCAGCUGUGGAACUGGUAACUUGCACCUGAACCCUGUUCACCCUCCUUUCUCUCUUCCUGGUGAGCCUGGCUCAGUCGACUACAGCUACCCUGAGGGUUUCAACAUCACCAACGCUACUGAAUACGCUGUUGCUUCGUCGUUGUCCGUCGCUCAGGCUUCUUCCAACGCGGCUACACAGACCUCGAGCACUACCACCCAGCCCUACCUCGUAACUACACCUACUGCUGGAGUCCGUAACGUCGACCACCCUCCUUAUGUCAUCAACAACCAGCUCGGCGACCUGGGAGUUCAUGCUGUCGCACCUAACGCUACCCAUGCCACUGGCGUCCAGGAGUACGAUAUCCACAACCUCUUCGGCAUGGAAAUCCUCAACGCAACUUACAUCGCUCUCACCGAGACCAUCAAGGCCAAGCGUCCGUUCAUCAUCGGUCGCAGUACUUUCUCUGGCGCUGGUAGAUACGCGGGACACUGGGGUGGGGAUAACUAUGCCUCCUGGGAAUCCAUGCUCUUCAGUAUCCCUCAAGCCCUCGACAUGUCGCUCUUCGGUAUCCCCAUGUUCGGUGCUGACACUUGUGGCUUCUCUGGAAACUCUGACGAAGAGCUUUGCAACCGCUGGAUGCAGAUGAGUGCCUUCUUCUCUUUCUACCGCAACCACAACACCCUGGGUGACAACUCCCAGGAACCUUACAUCUGGAGCUCUGUUAUCGCUGCUAGUCAGAAAGCAAUGGCUAUCCGCUAUUCGCUCCUUCCCUACAUCUACACCCUCUUCCAUUCAGCACACACUACCGGUAGCACUUUCUUGCGCGCCAUGGCCUGGGAGUUCCCCAACGACCCUAGCCUCGUUGAUGCCAACCGCCAGUUCAUGCUUGGACCCAGCUUGCUCAUUACACCCGUUCUCCUGCCUCAGGCUACUACUGUCAACGGUGUCUUCCCUGGCAGCAAGGAUGGAGUUGUCUGGUAUGAUUGGUACAACCAGAGCGCUGUUCCUGCCUCUUAUGGCGCAAAUGUCACCAUGGAAGCACCUCUUGGUCACAUCAACGUCCACAUUCGUGGCGGCAGCGUUCUGCCCCAACAAGAGGCUGGCCUCACCACCACCGAAUGCAGAAACAGCUCCUGGAGCGUCAUUGCUGCUCUGUCAGCUGAGGGUACUGCUACUGGUAGCUUGUACAUCGAUGACGGCGAGAGCAUCAUUCAGAACUCGACCUUGUAUGUUGACUUCACUGCUGAGAACCAGCGUCUGUAUGCUUCUGCUCGCGGUCUUUGGCAGGAGAAGAAUGCCCUUGCCAACAUCACUGUUCUUGGUGUUCAGAACGCACCUAAGAAUGUGUCGCUCAACGGCCAGGCUCUGAUGUCUGGUGUCAACUACAACUCCACUAGCAAGGUUCUGAAGGUCACUGGUCUCCAGAACGCCACCUCUACUGGUGCCUGGGCCAAGGACUGGGUUCUUGAGUGGUAA